GAAAAGGAAGACAAAAGGUGACAGAAGAUAACCAUCAUGGCAUCAGCAAGCCUGCAAUUCUUUGCUUUUAUUCUGGCUCUGUUUGGUGUUUUCGGAGAUAUCACAGCCACCUUGCUACCACACUGGAAGGUAAAUGCAGAUGUUGGCUCAAAUAUCAUAACAGCUAUAACACAGAUGCAAGGACUCUGGAUGGACUGCACAUGGUACAGCACUGGGAUGUUCAGCUGUACCCUGAAAUACUCCAUUCUCUCUCUCCCAGUCUACAUCCAGGCUGCACGGACCACCAUGGUACUGUCGUGUAUCCUAUCAGCCUUUGGGAUCUGCAUCACUACAGUUGGAAUGAAAUGCACAAAGUUGGGAGGGGACACUGACAGCAAAAAUAACGCUUGUUUUGCUGGAGGAAUCUGCUUCAUUCUUGCAGGAAUCUUUGGAUUAGUACCAACAUGCUGGUACACGAGAGAAAUUAUUUCAAAUUUCCUGGACCAGACCAUUCCAGAGAGUAGUAAACAUGAACCGGGAGGAGCAGUUUAUACUGGAUUCAUCUCAGCAGGGUUUCUGCUUAUCGCAGGUGUGAUCUUCUGCUCUUCCUGUUUUAAAAGGCAGCAAGGAACGUGGAUUUACCCUCCAAAGCAGCACCAUUUCCCAUCCACAGAGCAGGAGAGCAAUGCAGGUUACAGCCUGAAGGACUAUGUAUAA